UCCAGAAUAUUAUCAUCCCCACCCAGAAAUCGAUUUCCCCGGAUUUGAAAACAGAUCCAGAAACCCAAUUCAGAAAAAAAAAAAACCAGUCUCACAACCAAAGAAACAAACCCCACUUGGGAAUACAUCCCAAUCUCAGGGUUUGUUUUCUGAAGGUUUCACUCUGUUUUUUUUUUUUUCUAAAUUUUGAUUUGUUGCGAUUGAUCAAUAAUGGAGGAGCAGAAGCGGAAGUACAUAACCACAGAGGAGCUGAGUCUGCACAACAAGCCGGAGGAUUUGUGGAUCUCUAUUCAGGGGAAGGCGUACAAUGUCACCGACUGGGUGAAGGACCACCCGGGCGGCGGUGAGCCUCUUCUCAAUUUGGCCGGGCAGGAUGUGACGGAUGCUUUCAUUGCUUAUCAUCCCGGUACAGCCUGGAAGUACCUGGACAAAUUCUUUACCGGGUACUACGUCAAAGAUUUCGAAGUCUCCGAUGUGUCGAGGGAUUUCCGGAAGCUGUACUCGGAGUUUCUGAAGAUGGGGCUUUUCGAGAAGAAGGGGCAUGUGCAGCUUUACAAUAUGGCGAGCGUGGCGGUUAUGUUGGGGUUGGUUGUGUACGGGGUGGUGAGAUCCGAGAGUGCUUUGGUGCAUAUGGGGUGUGGGUUUUUGUUGGGUUUGCUUUGGAUUAUUGCGGCCUACAUGGGUCAUGAUUCCGGGCAUUAUGUUGUGAUGAAGAGCGAGUUUUGGAACAGCGUGACGCAGAUUCUGGCGGGAAAUUGCGUUACUGGGAUCAGCAUUGCUUGGUGGAAGUGGACUCAUAAUGCGCAUCAUAUUGCUUGUAACAGUCUAGAUUACGACCCUGAUCUGCAGCACAUUCCGGUGUUUGCGGUUUCGACGAGGUUUUUCAGUUCGCUGACCUCGGUGUUUUAUGGGAGGGAGCUGACGUUUGAUGCUGUGGCGAGGUUCUUGAUUGGGUACCAGCAUUUUACUUACUAUCCGGUGAUGAUUUUCGGGAGGAUUAAUCUUUUUAUACAGACGUUUUUGCUGCUGUUUUCGAAGAGGCCGGUGCCGCAUAGGUUGAAGAACAUUUUCGGGAUUCUUGUGUUCUGGACUUGGUUUCCUUUGUUGGUUUCGUGCCUGCCGAAUUGGGGAGAGAGGGUGAUGUUUGUGCUGAUUGCUUUCGCCGUCACGGCUCUGCAGCAUGUUCAGUUUACAUUGAAUCAUUUCUCUGGGGAUACAUAUGUUGGGCCUCCAAAGGGGAAUGAUUGGUUUGAGAAGCAGACGGCUGGGACGAUUGACAUUUCGUGUUCGAGUUGGAUGGAUUGGUUGUUUGGUGGGUUGCAGUUUCAACUUGAGCACCAUUUGUUCCCGAGGUUGCCUAGAUGCCAGUUGAGGAAGGUUUCGCCUAUCAUUCAAGAGCUGUGCAAGAAGCACAAGUUGCCUUAUAGGAGUUUGUCAUUCUGGGAUGCCAAUGUGUCCACCAUUAGGACGCUUAGGACUGCUGCCCUGCAGGCUAGGGACCUGACCAACCCUGUUCCGAAGAACUUGGUCUGGGAGGCUCUUAACACCCAUGGCUGAGAGUUUUGCGUGUCGCCGAGGUAUCUAAUUAUAGGAUGAACAAAGUGAUUAUUAUAUCUCAGAAGUCUUUUGCAAUUCGAAAUUUGAUGUUAUGACAUUUUUUUUGCUAUAUGUGAUUCAAGUAUGUUUCUCCAUGUCUACUACACCUCUCUAGGAAUUUAUUAACUUUCCGCUGAUUUGCAUUUUUAAGUAUUAUAGAGGAUGUAUCUCUAUUUUGUAAAUCUUAUUUGUUCUUCCU